GGAUGGCAGAGUUCAAAAGGAGAUGAGAAGCGCAGAGUGGAGGAGGUUUGUGCGCGGAACCUGAGAGCUUGAGAGCAGCAGGACUCUUUUUUUCCCCCUGCACACUUGGAUCGGAGCUGACAAUGAAGAUGAGCAUGGAAUGCAGAUGGAUUGGUCAAGACAAGCUUCCACUAUAGGGCUUCCAGUCUGGAGUUCCAGCUGAGACCAACAUGUCCGAUGGAGUUCUCUGCGAGCUGCUGACAUGAACGCACAGGCCACUGACAUGUGGAAGUGCUCGCCUUCAGGAGAAAUCUGAGAUCUGGAUGAGGCAGCAAGCAUGGCAAGAGCUUUUCACUGAAGGAGACAAACAUGGUCCUGUUAUGGUGUGGCAUCAGACCACAUUUGGCCUCUUAACCUGUUUGUAGCCCCCAUCUGACCCUACCCCAUGUCACAUCCUUCCCUGAAUUAUGGAAAUUUUGUGGAAGACGCUGACUUGGACAUUGAGCCUGGUGGUGAUGGCUGCUUCUGAAUUUCAAAACGUCAAGAGACUUUCGCACAAAUCUCAAGAGGAGUUCCUGUCCUACCUGCAGCACUACCAGCUGACUGUCCCGGUCCGGGUGGAUGAGAAUGGAGAGUUCCUGAGCUACACUGUGAAGCACCAACGGCCGGGCCGGCGGAGGCGUGGGGUGGCAGACCCCAUCAUGGGGCCACGGCCUGCACUGGACCCUCCAGAAUCCCAGCUGUUCUACAGACUGUCAGCUUACGGAAAGCACUUUCAUUUAAACCUGACACUCAACCCCCACCUGGUGUCGAAACAUUUCACCGUGGAGUACUGGGGCAAAGAGGGACCCGAGUGGCGUCACAGCACGGUAGAUAACUGUCACUAUGUCGGAUUCCUGCAAAAUCAGCAUAGCACGACCAGAGUGGCGCUCAGCAACUGCAAGGGCCUGCAUGGCGUUAUAACAACAGAGGGAGAACAGUAUUUAAUAGAGCCUUUAAAGAACGUAUCCUCCACCGCCUCCGGUGAAUGGAACAUGGAAGAAGCACAGCAGCAUGUUAUUUAUAAAAUGUCUGCCAUUCCCUCACCACAAGAGCAUAGCCAGGAGUCCAGCUGUGGCAUUUCAGACCUCAUUAAAAGCAAUGCACCUUGCCAGUUUAGCACACCCUCCCCUGUCCACUUGUCCCCCAUCCCUCAAAACGACAGCGAGCAGCUGAACAGCACCCACAGACAGCGGCGGUCCAUCAGCUCUGAGCGCUUUGUGGAGACGCUUGUGGUUGCUGAUAAAAUGAUGGUUGGCUACCACGGUCGCAAAGACAUCGAGCACUACAUCCUGUCCGUGAUGAAUAUUGUUGCCAAACUUUACCGUGAUGCCAGUCUUGGAAAUGUUGUGAACAUCAUUGUGACCCGGCUGAUUGUUCUCACCGAAGAUCAGCCCAACCUUGAAAUUAAUCAUCAUGCUGACAAGUCUCUGGACAGUUUCUGUAAAUGGCAGAAGUCCAUCCUGUCUCAUCACAGCGGUGGAAACAGCAUUCCGGAGAAUGGGAUGGCUCAUCAUGACAACGCCGUCCUAAUCACCCGUUACGACAUCUGCACCUACAAGAACAAGCCCUGUGGUACAUUAGGCUUGGCCUCCGUGGCUGGAAUGUGUGAGCCGGAAAGAAGCUGCAGCAUCAAUGAAGACAUUGGCCUCGGCUCUGCUUUCACCAUUGCACACGAGAUAGGCCACAAUUUUGGGAUGAACCACGACGGGAUCGGGAAUUCCUGCGGCACCAAAGGCCACGAGACAGCCAAACUGAUGGCCGCUCAUAUAACAGCCAACACCAACCCUUUCUCCUGGUCCGCCUGCAGCAAAGACUACAUCACCAGCUUUCUGGACUCAGGUCGGGGAACCUGUCUGGACAACGAACCUCUGAAACGAGACUUCCUGUACCCGACGAUGGCUCCGGGGCAGGUGUACGACGCCGACGAGCAGUGUCGCUUCCAGUACGGCACCUCCUCGCGCCAGUGCAAGUAUGGGGAAGUGUGUAGAGAGCUCUGGUGCCUUAGCAAAAGCAACCGCUGUGUAACGAACAGUAUCCCAGCCGCAGAGGGGACUCUGUGCCAGACGGGAAGCAUCGAGAAAGGGUGGUGCUACCAGGGGGAGUGUGUUGCGUUCGGCACCUGGCCUCAGAGCUUGGACGGAGGCUGGGGGCCGUGGUCGUUGUGGGGGGAGUGCAGCAGGACCUGUGGGGGCGGAGUGUCCUCCUCCAUGAGGCGCUGUGACAGCCCAGCCCCAUCUGGAGGAGGGAAGUACUGUCUCGGUGAGAGAAAACGAUACAGAUCCUGUAACACCGAUCCAUGUCCUGCAGGAUCCCGAGAUUUCCGAGAAAAGCAGUGUGCUGACUUUGACAACAUGCCUUUCCGGGGGAAGUACUACAACUGGAAACCUUACACUGGUGGUGGUGUGAAGCCCUGUGCACUGAACUGCUUGGCAGAGGGCUAUAACUUCUACACAGAGCGAUCCCCUGCAGUUAUAGACGGCACCCGAUGUCAGGCUGACACUCUUGACAUUUGCAUCAACGGAGAGUGUAAGCACGUGGGCUGUGACAACAUCUUGGCCUCUGAUGCCAAAGAAGAUCGAUGUCGGGUGUGCGGCGGGGACGGCAGCACCUGCGAGGCCACGGAGGGACUUUUCAACGAUUCUCUACCCAGAGGAGGUUACAUGGAGGUGGUUCACAUCCCAAAAGGAUCAGUCCACAUUGACAUCAGAGAAGUUACAGUGUCAAAGAAUUAUAUUGCCUUGAAAUCCGAAUCCGAUGAUUAUUAUAUCAACGGAGCGUGGACUAUCGACUGGCCUCGGAAGUUUGAGAUCGCGGGGACGACUUUCCACUACAAGAGACCCACUGAUGAACCGGAGUCUUUGGAGGCACUGGGAGCGACCACGGAAAACCUCGUCGUCAUGGUCCUUCUUCAGGAACAGAACCUGGGAAUACGCUACAGGUUCAACGUGCCCAUCCAGCGCACGGGGAGCGGUGACAACGAGGUGGGCUUCUCCUGGCACCACCUGCCCUGGUCUGAAUGCUCAGCAACCUGUGCUGGAGGUUCCCAGAAGCAGGAGGUGGUGUGUAAGAGGCUGGACGACAACUCGGUGGUGCAGAACAACUACUGUGAUCUGGACACCAAACCCCCCGAGAACCAGAGAGACUGCAACACUGAGCCCUGUCCUCCAGAGUGGUUUAUAGGUGACUGGUCAGAGUGUGGGAAGACAUGUGAUGGCGGGACAAGGACAAGAAGCGUUCUGUGUACCAGGAAGAUUGGCCCUGCUGAAGAGGAGACGCUGAAGGACACCUACUGUCUGACUCACCGGCCCAUCGAGAGAGAAUCCUGCAACAACCAGUCCUGUCCGCCAAAGUGGGUCACACUGGAAUGGUCUGAGUGCACUCCUAAAUGUGGUCCGGGUUUCAAGCACCGCAUCGCAUUGUGUAAGAGCAGUGACCUGACCAAAACCUUCCCGCCCUCCCACUGCCCGAGCCAUAACAAACCUCCGGUCCGAAUCCGCUGCAGUUUAGGACGCUGUCCUCCUCCUCGCUGGAUCCCUGGUGACUGGGGACAGUGUUCAGCGCAGUGCGGCCUGGGCCAGCAGAUGAGGACCGUGACGUGUCUGUCCUACACCGGACAGCCGUCCAAUGAGUGCGCAGAAUCCCUCCGCCCCGCCAUGAUGCAGCAGUGUGAGAGCAAAUGUGACGCCACACCAAUCUCCCAUGGCGAUGAAUGCAAAGAUGUAAACAAAGUGGCUUACUGCCCGCUGGUUCUGAAGUUCAAGUUCUGCAGCCGGGCUUACUUCCGACAGAUCUGCUGCAAGACUUGCCAGGGGCACUGACCCUCGGAGCGUGAGAGCCAGACACAGUGGGAAAAGAGCAAAAGACGACUACAAAGGCAAAGAAGAUGGAGGAAUAUGGCACUAAGCGGGUAAGAAGAGGAAAAUACAGCAGGCUGUAGAAACAGCCCUACGGGAAAGCUUGAGGGGAGAGUCGCAAGGAUUUCCCCGUUUAUCUCACCUGGUCCUCCUGCCCUCCAUCAUAGUGGAAUUUAAACCACUGCUCAGCCCAUACCGCUGACACAAACAUUUCUUUCUUUUUUUUAAUUUUCACUUCUGUGAAGUGGAACUUGGAAGAUAAUUUGUUGGUGAUGUUAUUUUUAUUAUAAUAAUAAUAAUUGUUAUCGUUGUUGGUCAUCCUCCAUGUUUGUUGUGUUUUGAAUCCAAAGUGCUGGACACAUCGCUCACAGAGGAUGUAGCCUCCCCCCACCCCCACAUUUGGCUUUGGUGCACUUUUUAAUGUAAAUACUUUGCAUUUGCAACAGUCAAACAUGACAGAGAAAUCCCAUCGGUGUACUGUAUAUUUAUUGUACAAUUUCAAACAGCAGAAAUAUUGUCCUCUGAUGUUCUCGUUAGAUGGUAGCCUACUGUCACGGAAGGAGGAAUUUAACGUGAUCAAACUCACUUGGACUUCAACGACUGUGCUGGAAUGAAAUUACUACAUACUGUUACAUAUGUCAGACCCUUUUAUACUGUAAGGAUCGGUGUAUUAUAUAUCUUCAUCUAGGACCAGAAAAUCCAACGUGGCUAUGAAAGAACAGGUUGGGGUUUUUUUUUCUCUCCCCAGAUGGGUGCCUUAGUUCCUCGCAGUAAAAUAAAAGUUCCCCUCGGUAUUGGUCAUCAAUUCAAAGUAUGUUAUCAGCAAUGUGCCUGGGCCAGAUGAAGCAUCGCCACCAAGCUGGCCAUUACUGAACUUCCCAUCCAGGAGCUGUGGCUCACAAGUGAAGGAUUCCUUGUGAAGGAGCGUUUUCAUAUGAAGCAGCCUGUUCAUUAGAAUCACAGCACAGUCACUAUUUCUUACUCAUUUCAUACUGGAUGAUUGUUUCAUCACAUGCUGGUUCAAUGUCACGCUUGUACGUACAUCCCUCAGCACAGUUAAAGGAAUGGGUCAACAUUUGGGGAAAUAACAUUUUGCCUUUUUUACGAGAAUUACAUGGCAAUAUAAGUAUGAAAGCCAGAGAUGCUUAAAUAAGCUUAGCUUAAAGAAUGGAAUUCUAGAAAAAACUAACUCUGCUGCAUCUGAGGAUACGAACAUCCCAAGAGAACUAGCAAUAAAACUACCUGUGAGCCUGAAGUGCAAGAAAAAAAAAGUCAGUUCUGUUUAUGAGUUCAACACUAAAUAUCGAGCCAGAAGGUUAGCUUAGCUUAGCAUCUGUGUCUAACAAUAAUAGACACACAUACUGUGAAAGUUAACUGGAAAACUAGUGGUAAUAAUUAAACAGUCAGCUUUGUUGAACAGUUCUGCUCAACACAAAACCGAAACCUUCAAAUCUGAAAGCUUAGCUUAGCAUAAAGACUGGAGGUGGCAGAGAAACGGGCAGCAUCAUUGCUUCAGAGAAUACCAAUAAUGAAGGCACCGCUAGAGCACCAUUAUCUCACAGGAUAAGAACAAGGUUUGAAUCCUGGCUGGUUUAAAUGUUCUACAUCUGUUCUGGGCAUUCCUCCCACGGUCCAAUGGACACGUUAGAUCAACUGGGAAUUCUUUCUUUAGGAGUGAGACAUUUACUAAUAAUCAUUUCACCAAUUAAAUACCAAAUGUAUUUUUAGUAUUCCUUUCCCGAUGUUAUAUUUGCUCAGAUGCACUGGGACCAGACAAUUACUGCCGGAGUAAGUGUGACUGGAGGACCAGGGAGGUUCUCUGCAAACUACAUGAUCGAUCAAAAUUAGGACUAGGACCUCUGCCAUAUCGCAAAGCUUGGUCUUCAUUGUCAGUCCAUUACUUCAUGUGUUGUGAGUUUUUAACAUUAAGGGCUGUUGUUUAGAUACAAUCUUGUUUAUCCCGUCACCAUAGUGCAAUCUUGGACUGUCUGUGGAAAUCACAGUAGGGUUACUUCACUGGUGGUUUAUUGAGUAAUCUGAGGUGGCGGCUAACGCUCUGCCUGGCUCACGCCUGUGGUAUUUACGCAAAAAAGAAAAGCUACAUCUCUGUUCAGUCUGGUCAAAGUUGCAUCAACUAUCUGCAUGUCACACCUUAGCAAAUAUAAGCUGAUUAAUGAUGUCUAGUGACGUUAUGGAGGUUUUGUGUUGGACGUUUACGUGGCCAUGUUUAAUUAUGGCACACUCAUUACUUGAGUGUCAUGGAAACAACCCCACCUAUCCAUUCUUGCUUAUUGGAGCUCAGCUCAUAGGGCCUCCAGACCUCCCUCUCUCCUUCCACUUCCUCCAGCUCUUCUGGAUGAAUACCGAGCUGAUGCCAAGGGAUAUAUUCUCUCAGGGACAUAUCUAGAUCGGCUUUGGGUCCUUCUCCUGGUUGGAGAUUCCCAAAAUGUGUCCCCUCAUCCUUACCUGAUGCCCAAGUGAGCUCAACCAGCUCUUCUCGAUGGGGAGGUGUGGCAACUCUACUAUAAUUCCUCCUAGAUGGCUCAACUUCUCCAGCCACCCUGUAGAGGAAGCUCAUUUUAGCCGAUUGCAUCCAUGACUAGGGGUGGGUAUUGGGAAGGACCUCACGAUACGAUACGCAUCACGAUACUUGAGCCACGAUACGAUACGCAUUGCGAUAUCCCGAUUAUGCGAUAUCCCGAUUAUUAUAU